AGUUAUCCCACGUCAAAUAGCUUCAAAGGAGGACCCUAUUAACCCACACAAAUUGCUCUUUGCUAUUCAAAUUAGGCAGACUCCGCAUUUUUCCGCACAUUCACCAAAUAAAACAGCCAUUCAACAUUUUACUCUACUGGCAUACCACACGUUCACGUUCAGAGCCGUAAAUACUUCACUUAUUUAAGAUAAUACGGUGUUUCCAAAUCAAAUACGCCGUCCAAUAUGUUCGCUCUCAAAGGAUUCGCUAUAGUCGUCUGUCUUGUAGCUCUUGUUCUCGCAGUUGGCAACGCUUCCAAGUUAAAAGAUCUAUUCCAACCACGACAUUCAUUCGAAACAGUUGAUGACAGAUCCAGUGAAGACAACGGUGACUUUUGGUCAAAGUUUGAAACAUCAAAGGGAUAUGAAAUGGACGAACCUCAGUGUGUGCCAGAUAUAGUCACGCAAUGUACUGACAACGCUGAAUGUAACCCAAUGUGUUCGAACUUCAGUCCAGGAAUCUGUGAUCGGUCAAAAUUUAUCUGUUUGCCUGAUAGUGGACUAGGAGGACCCUCUAGGGACACGAACGAUUCUUUAACAUCGAGGAAACGAGGCUUUACAACAACAAGGCACAAAAAACAACGAGUUUAAUUCAUGUGAAGUUAUUUUGUUGUAAUUAGUAAAUAUAGUAUAAAUAUCCUGUAUAUUGUAUAUAUUGUAUCCAGCUAUUAAAUUAUAUCCUGUGUUAAAAUUUGACAACAAAUGCUCACAAAACUAGCACAUGGACGGUGUCAUGCAGGAAGCUGCUCGGAAAUCUAUCAUACAAAGUAUCGUGACAUCCCAAGAAGUUUGGAUUUCAAGAAUAUCGGGGCAAAGGAAGAACAUUUUCCAAAUUUUAUUUGCAAUAUAUUU